AUGACGGAAGUUUUACUAAAAAACAGUGAUGCAGUGGCGGCUGUGAUAAUCUAUCAAGAAAAACAAAGCGAUUCUUUGGAAAAUGCUUUGAUCCGUGUCAGUAACGUAUUGAAUAUUCGAUACAACCGUCCGUCGUUUGAUUAUCUCAAGCAUUGUCUGAAAAUAAAUUUCCAAGAAACUUGUAUUCAAAACAAUAAAAAAGAUAUUCACUACUGUAUUCUAUAUGAGUUCGUUCAAAACAAACCAUGGGGACAAUCAUUCAAAACAAUUCGAGAAGUUUUAGGAGAAGGAAUUGUAGAAUACGAAGAGUUCAAACGUUUGUUCAAAUGUUUCGAACGUGGAAUGUUUGAGAUGGAGGAAAACAAAUUAAGUGUCGAUGCUUGCCUGUCCAAUGUUUCGAAAGAAGUCAUGGAAAAAAUUGUGCAACAUUUGGAUAUAAAAGAUCGCACGGAACUCCGUAUUGAAAACCUCCCACCAAUCAUUUAUAAGCAAGGAAAGAAUGAAUGUAACGUCGAAUUCAAGAAUAAUGUGAAAACUUUGAUUGGACAACAUCAUUUUUAUCGUGGAAUAAUGGACGCUGGAACUAUCUUCGAAAAUAAAACAUUGGAAUUGGAAAGUUUGAAAAUAAGUUUCUCUUCGGAAAUUCGCAGUGACGGAAGAGCUGUGAUGGAGAAUGUCCUGUCUGAUUGCUCUGAAAUGAUGAGAGAAGUGGUGGAAUUGGAUCAAUGGAAUCUGGCAAUUGAGUUGGAUAUGUGUAAUACGCCUUUCAAACUUCCACUUCAAAAUUUGAUUCAUUUCAAGCGUUUCUCCGUUUUCAUGCCGAAUAUUUCGGAGUCUGAUGUUACUUGGCUCGCAAGGAUCCUCCCUGAAAACGAUACAUUCGAAUAUUGUUCCAUUAGAUAUCCUGAUAAUCAAUUGAAUUUGGAUCUUAUCAAUUUAUACAUAACAGGACGGCACAGCAGAGAGGAAUCUAACUCUCUUCUAGAAACCAACGCUGUUUUCGAGAUGCAGCUAGGAAACAAAUCAAUCGAUUUUUUCAGAAAAUUCUGA